AUGGCACAAAAGAGAGAGCAUUCCGAGGUUGGCUCACCAGAACCACGGGAUUCAGGAUCAUUCAAUGGCGCCAAGAAGCGCAAGCAAAGCAAGACGAAGCAUCGACCAAACGAAGGGACUUCAACAUGGGCCAAGAAGCGAACGCGCACAAUUGAGCGACUCCUCAACCGAAACCAAGAACUACCCGCCAAUGUCCGCAACGAUCUUGAACGAGAGCUGGGCGCGCUCAAGUCUACAGUCUCAGACAAGAGCUUCCAAAGGCUACGAAGCGCCAUGAUCUCGAAAUACCACAUGGUUCGAUUUUUUGAGCGAAAGAAGGCAUCGAGAUUAGCAAAGCAGUUGCGCAAAAAGAUUGAUGAGACCGAAUCGACAGAAACAGACGAGCUUGAAGGACUGAAGCGUGACUUGCAUGUUGCCGAAGUCGACGAGGCAUACACUCAGCACUUCCCUCACGCCGAACCCUACAUCAGCCUCUACACCAGCGCCAAAUCGGAAAAGGAAGAGGAUGAUAAAGACGACGACAAACUUGACUAUACACCUCUCAAGCAAAGAGGUCUGCUACAUACAGAGAGGCCCCCGAUGUGGUCGGAAAUUGAGCAAGCAAUGAAAGGUGGCCCUCACGCGCUACGAACCAUUAGAGAAAGGCGGCCCGAAGUUGCAGAAGGAAGCCAACUAAAACACAACCAAAGCAAGUCCAAGGCGGUGACAGGCAAAGACAAGGCCAUGCCUGUUCCUAAGGCGCAGCCCAAGCCCGAAACCAAGCCCACGCCUUACACCAAGGGCAAGUCAGGGGCUGCUCCCAAGAACCGUAGAGAGCGUCGACUUGCAGAACGUCAAGGGGCUCAGCCUGUUGUCAAGAACGACGAUGACGAUAGUGACGAUGGCGGUUUCUUUGAAGAGGAUUAA